AUCAGUUUGUUAGAAGACACGAAAGGAUUAUCAAAUGCUGUCAAUUGGAUUAUUCAUUAUUGCAUUAGUAUUAGCAGCUAAUGCAGCUCCAUCAAAGGAUAAAGAUCUUUUUAAUUGCGCUUACAAUUAUAUUGAUUUCAAGAGCUUCAUGAAUUAUUCAGUUACACCAAUUGACGAGGAACUUUGCAAUAACAUUCUUAUUGAUUUCGGUUCAAAAAAUUAUGACGAAAUUAAAAAGCUCGUCGAGGAAGAUUCCGAAAGCGUCGGACAACUCGAAUGCAUCAUGAAGAAUCUUCGUUUGUUUGAAGCUUCUGACAUGUUAAUCAAGAGAUACGUCUUUCAACAUGACAUAACAAUGACAGAAUGGAGACGACAAAAUGCUUUAGCUGAGGCUACUGAAAAAUUGAUGAUCAAACUAGAAGCAGCUGUGGGAAGAUGUUAUCCUGAGAGAAUAUAUGGAUUAGACUUUGAAGAUAUGUUUGGGGAAGAACAGGAAAAUAAUGAAACAACAACAAGCGAAGAAAAAGGAAAGUUAAGAGCAAGCGACAUCACAGACCUUCAGAAAGGAUACUGCUGGCGUCUUCAUCUUGUCGAUAAAAAAAUUAUUGACACCAUUGACACCUAUGAUGUCAUUUUGAACCCUGACAACGUGACUGUUGAGGGCCUGGAUUGUGAUACCAUUUGGCGUUUCACUAUCAAUAAACAUUUCGCAGACGAAUUCGAUUACUUGACUGGUCUUUUCAGUGAUCCAUCUGACAAUGUCACCGAUUGUAUCAAAGAAACUUUAGAAAAAUCAGCUUACAAUGAUAACUUCGCAAGAUCAUGGCUUGUAAGUCAGAUGUUUUUAAUUCCUGAGGACAAAAGUGCUGAAAAGCAAAAGUACAUCGCUUAUCAUACUCAACUCUUCGAAGAUGCCAUGAAAUGUAAAGAAAAGGAAUCAACAACUGCUUGAAAACUUUCUGGUAAAAAUUGAAAGAAAAAAACUUUUGUAAAUUUAUUUCCAAAAAAUUGAAUAAAAAUCUGAAAGUUACACAAAAAAUUUUC